CUUAUCCUCAUUCGGGUCGCGGGCGUGCUGGAGCCUAUCCCAGCAAUCUUCGGUCGAGAGACGGAGUACACCCUGAACUGGUAGAAGCAAACAACCAUUCGCACUCACAUUCACAAUGGGCACAAAUGGGCAAUUUAGAGUAUUCAAUUAACGUACCCUGCAUGUCUGUGGGAUAUGUGGGAGCAAACCAGAGCCUCCGGAAAAAACCCACGCAAGCACGGGGAGAACAUGCAAACUCCACACGGGCGGGGCCGGGAUUUGAAACCCGGUCCCCAGAACUGUGAGGCAGAUGUGCUAACCAGUCGACCACCGCGCCGCCCUACACUUUCAAAUGAGUAUAAUUUGAAUUAGUUUUGACUAGAAAUAAAACAGUCAUGGUUAGAUGUUGAGGUUUUUUUUUUAACUACGUAUGAACACGACCUAUUGGCAUAAGAUACUUCACGGAUACAUUUCAUAUCGUGUCAGAUACACUGGGCAAAACGUCUUUGCUAUUCAGAUAGCUAACGAUAGCUCCAAGUGCCUAAUAGCUAUGCAGUACGCACAUUACAGUCAGUGCCGACACAAAACAUAAAGGAGGGAAAGCAUCGCAGUGUGGUCAGAUGUCAUUUCAUUGAUGAGCUUGGUUGUAAAUCAAGCAUUACCUGCUCAUUAGCGUUAACGCAGCUGGAAAUGUGUGUGUAGCAGUUCUAAUCAUAGAUAUGAAAACUACACACACCGACGUGCAUCCGUGACGGCCAUGUUGGGAAGGUUGAGUUCCCUUCAAAGGCAACGCAUGGAAAUGAAGUCAUAACUUGCUCAUUUUUCGACCGAUUUUCAUGAGGCUUACUUUUUUUGAGCUAUCAUCACAUUGAAAAAAAUUCUAACAUGAAUACAUAAAUAAAAACAAUUACCAGAAUUAUUUUGACUAAAUCAUAGGGUGGACUGAGGCAAGUUUUGGGUGGACUCAAUAAAGCUGGCCUCGCCACUGUUGCUACCUCAUUGCUCCCUCAUAAAUGCUGCUUCCUGGACUUUGGGAUACCAUACUAAACUAGGUCACGUGGUUGGGUUGCUAUGCAACGAGCAGAUUCGUUUGUAAACAGACCCAGAAAUGUCGUCCAGUUUCUCAGCAAACCAGUACGACGGUGCCUUCAAGCCCCAAAGGCUGCAGAACUGGUGUCAGCCGAAGCAAUAUAACAAGGUAUCCCGAGCUCUGAGUGGCAGCACCAUGUUUGUUGCAGAUAACAGAGGACAUCUGCUCCCUGGAAUGGGAAAGAGAGGCAGCGCUUGGCCUAACUUUAAAGGGACAUGGGAUCUACCUGCUCGUAUACCAGCGCAGAGAAUCAACCCCACUAGUCGCUCUGUGGAGGGUCUCAAAAGACUCAAGGCCUGGGGCUUGGACCCUCAACACACAAGCAACUCUGAGCCACAAAGUGGCAAGAGAAACACUGAUGCAUUACAAGAUGCCGGCAAGCAAAACACUAAGGGUGUACAGCAGGAUGGUGCCGUCUCAGCCUCCUUGCCCCCAUCUGUAGCAGAAGUCCGGCCAGCGUCUCACAGCCGCCCCAUUUCUGCAGACCGCAGAACUGGCAACCAGAGCCAGGACACGCAGACAGCUGAGGUAUCAUCUGUCAGUCUGCCUGCCGAGGACAGACAAAAUGCUGGCGAUACUGUGACGAGCAGGCCGGAGAGCCAGAGAGCAAUGUCAGCUUUGAAGCCCAUGACACGAGAAGGGGAAACCGCAAGGCAUAAUACUAGUCCUGUUUCAGCCCUUACCCCCAAAUGAAUAAUAAAAAAAAAGUAUAUGCAUAUUUCA